GCCGCUGCCUGGGCAGACUCCCAAAUUGGGCCUCAUCCACCACCAGCUUCUCUCGGGAUCAUAGGCCUUUCUAGCCUCAGCUUCUUCCCUGGGUCCUGUCUGUAUCUAUAUCCCUUUCCUGAACCUCAGGCCUUCUUUAGGGACCUGGGCCUCUUUUCUCCUACAUUUUAGCUCCUCAGCAAACAGGCCUCUAGCUCCUGACCUCCCUCUCAGGUCUCUCAGGACUUUCUUGGCCUUGCUGGGCCUUCUAGGUUGUUCCACCCUUUGACUUGCUGCCCACUCCACAUAUGGAGAACCCAGGAUUGGUGGUGCGUGGGCAGGCUGCACCCUUUACCACAGCACUUCGAAGCCUGGUCAACAACCCCCGGUACAGUGAUAUUUGCUUUGUGGUUGGUCAAGAACGGCAAGAGAUAUUUGCCCACCGGUGCUUGUUGGCCUGUAGAUGUAACUUCUUCCAGAGACUUUUGGGCCCUGGGGUACCUAGUCCUGUGGUACUAAGCACUGUGCCGGCCGAAGCCUUCUUAGCCGUGCUGGAGUUCCUGUAUACCAACAGUGUCAAGCUGCACCGGUACUCUGUGAGCCUACCAAGCAGAGGUCUUCUGGGUGGGAGAAAGCUGAGGAUGCUGGAGGCAGGAGUGUGCCCAUUAUGCUGUGGGUUGAGGGGCAGGGGGGGGGACUUCCUUCUGUUCCCUCAACCAUUCCCACCCCCCAACACCCCACCCGUGCAGGUGCUGGAGGUGCUGACAGCCGCUGUAGAAUAUGGGCUGGAGGAACUUCGCGAGCUAUGCCUGGAGUUUGUGGUGAAGGUCCUGGACGUGGAGCUGGUUUGUGAGGCUCUGCAGGUUGCUGUAACCUUUGGCCUGGGGCCACUGCAGCAGCGGUGCAUAGCCUUCAUAGAGGCUCACAGCCAGGAGGCGCUCCGCACCCGUGGCUUCCUGGAGCUGUCCGCCACCGCGCUGCUGCCCGUGCUACGCAGUGACAAGCUCUGCGUGGACGAGGCUGAGCUGGUCCAGGCAGCCCGAAGCUGGGCACGCGUGGGCGCCGCGGUGUUGGAGCAACCCGUGGCCGAGGUGGCAGCUCCAGUGGUUCGAGAGCUGAGACUGGCUUUGCUCGCCCCGGCGGAGCUAAGCGCCCUGGAAGAGCAGAACCGACGGGAGCCGCUCAUCCCGGUUGAGCAAAUUGUGGAGGCAUGGAAGUGCCACGCCCUACGGAGAGGAGAUGCGGCCCGGAGCGCACCGUGCCGCCGACGGAGGGGCACUCUGCCCCGAGAUCACCAUCGCUUUCUGGACCUUCGUUUCAAAUGACCCACUUCCAGACCUUUCGAGGAAGUUGACUACCUCCCAAACUACAGCUCCCGAGGUGCUCUGCGUUGGAGGUGGGCUUCCGCUCCCAGCAAGCUCAGCAGCCGGAUUCGGGAAGACCGUUCUGCGUCUAGAGUACUUCCUAAAGUCUCCGCGGAGGUGUAGGGAUUGUGUAAUGGGCCCAAAGUUGGGGCUAGACUGUGUGUGGGCUUGGGUGAUGUCCUGAGACCGGAAACGAGAGUAACCUUUGUUGCAUGAGCUCACUUGGCGUCCUGCAUGUCGGCCAUUAGUCUGCGCCCCUCUACUCGGAUGACGCUGUAUCUAUUUAGCUCAUCCUCUUUUACAAAUCAGCUUCCUGGCUCCAGUCUCAGAGCAGAUUCGAGCUUCUCAUCUUCUUUCCCAGCCCUGGAAAUAGAUAGCGUUUCUCUUUUCUGCGGGUCUGGAACCCGGACCUCAUUCUUGCCUACCUCAUGCCUUUUCUCCCUUCUAAUAUUAUUUUCUAGUUGGUA